AUGUCAGCAUCGCCGCCCCCUUACGCAGACUCGUACGAUCGGAGAGAGGACCGGCUACCGCCUUACCGUGCGUCGCAUGGCUUUGCCAACAGCCAAGAAGAACUCGCUGCGCUGAGAGACUUUGCUCAGUCCAAGCUAUAUGUUGAUCCGGGAACUAAUGGCAUGCUUCCAGACAUUCGAAGCGGCAUGGGCAUGCGGAGUCUCUCGGUCGGCGGGCCUGCGUCUCAGGACAGUGCCGUCGCUGGAUUGACUCCAGAGACAGAUGAGGAGAGAAAGCAACGGAGGGCCGCCGAGAAAGCCGCGAAGAAGGCUGAGCGCGAGCGAAGAGGUAGUCUCACUGAGAGGCUGGUAAGGGUGAUUAGCGGCGGCGGCGGCGGCGGCGGCAGCAGCAGCAGCAGCAAAGACGUCGCAUCUGGCCCGGCAAAAUGA